GAACAUGUGGAGGUUCUGGUGUGUAGCUGUUUUCAGUGAGUGUGGGGAAUCCCCGGGGUCAGUGAACGCCUCCUGUGUCUGGGGCAGCCUGGCAGUGAGGAUGAGGAGCUGCGGUGAAAUGUGUCGAAGACUCGGCUCGAUCUGCUCCAUGAGGCGGUGACUGACUCCAGCCCGAUCACACGCUGUCCCCCCGGCUCUCACACUCCGCGUCCGAACCCGAACCCGUCCCGCAGAUCGCCGCACACCCCCCCCGCAGCCCGGACUCCGCAGACGUUACGUGUGGACAAUGGAAUCUAACCUUCUCCCGGACAGUAUCCGCCCUCAGCGGCUGCAGCCGGGUAUCGGGUUCGGUUCGGGACCCACCGGAACCCUCCGCUCCUCGUCGCUCCGGCCCGGGGUCACGGUCCCCAUCGCGCCGCUGCUGCCCUCCCCGGCCUCCCUGGCCGCGUCCUGCGGGCCUCCCCCGCCUCCGCCUCCCCUGCAGCUCCACAGCCUGUACGGAGGCAUCGGGGCCGGGCUGGGGCCGGGGGCUGCCGGCCACUGUAACCCGGGGAACCCGGCGGUGCUGAAGGAGGCGGUGGAGGCUGUGGUCCGCAGCUUCGCCAAACACACACAGGGCUACGGCAGAGUAAACGUGGUGGAGGCUUUACAGGAGUUUUGGCAGAUGAAGCUGACCAGAGGGGCUGAUCUGCGCAACGGAGCUUUAGUUGUUUAUGAAAUGGUCCCGUCCAACAGCCCGCCAUAUGUCUGCUAUGUUAGUCUUCCAGGAGGCAGCUGCUUCGGAAGUUUCCAGUUCUGUCCCACCAAAGCAGAGGCAAGACGCAGCGCUGCCAAGAUCGCCCUCAUGAACUCUGUUUUCAAUGAACAUCCCUCCCGUCGCAUCACAGACGACUUCAUUGAGAAGAGCGUGAGCGAGGCUCUCGCCUCUUUCAAUGGAAACAGAGAGGAGGCCGACAAUCCCAACACAGGAAUUGGAGCGUUUCGCUUCAUGCUUGAGUCCAACAAAGGAAAAUCCAUGCUGGAGUUUCAGGAGCUGAUGACUGUGUUUCAGCUACUGCACUGGAAUGGAAGCCUCAAAGCAAUGAGAGAGCGACAGUGUUCCCGACAGGAGGUGCUGGCUCACUAUUCCCACCGGGCUCUGGACGACGACAUGCGCACUCAGAUGGCGGCCGACUGGGUGAACCGCGAGCAGAGCGUGGCGAGCACCAUUGCGCAGGAGCUGGCCUCCACAGAGCGGGAACUGGAGGAUGCCAGACUGGCGGGCAGAGAACUGCGUUUUUACAAAGAGAAGAAAGACAUCCUGAUGUUAGCCGUGGGUCAGCUCAAUGCGGCCAACACCGCCACCCUGCCAUCACGCUAAACCUGGCACAUGGAAUCAUGCUUUCACACUCCACAGGAUUCCUGGUAACAGUAUUGAACAUUUCGUCUGAUUUAAAAAAAAAAUCCUUUGUAUCAUAUGUUUCGUCACGAGGACCAGGUAAUCAGCCCUUGAUUCUACAGUAUGCACAUCCCACCACAAAACAAACACCCGCCACUAUAGCUGUUACCUCUUUGUGCCUAGUGAUUACAGGAAAACUACUUUUUUAUAAACUACUUGUAAACUUGGCGAACCAGCUUACGGGGUAAUACAUGUUUUUGUUCUUUAUUUCAGACUGUAAGAAAUAUAACCUGCCUUUCAUGUGUGAAUGUACAGGUCAUGAGGUAAAAUGACCAACAAAACCAAACACGUAUGAGGUAAAGAUCAUUUGUAAAUCAGAUCAAUGUGUUUGUUAAGUGUUUUGGGAGCGUUCACUUACACUACAUGCAGUCAAAGUGGUGAAAAAGUAGCAAAAGAGAAUACAAACAAGAAUCUCAAAAGCCUGACAGCAAGUAACUUGUGACCACUAAUAAACAGAUCAUUUUAAAACAGCAAUUAAAGGGAUAAAAAAAUCCCUUAUAAUGUAAGCACAGCACAAAGUUUAAGUUGGCGACACUAUUGAAAUAAUUCUUCAACAGGAGACUGAUCCGACAGCAGCUCAGGUUUUAAAAAAAUCCAAUGGGGGACCAUCGCUUUGUUUUAUCUAUCUUUGUUUGUGAACUAUUCUAGCGUUCAUUAUAUACUCGGUGACCAUGACACUAGCUGAAUGUUUAUUCUCAGUGCGCUCUCAACCACACGAGCUGUUCAGGUGAUAGGAUUUCGCCGUGAUACAGUUUGUGUUUGUCAUGUGGAGGAGAUCAGAAGAGCUGGCAAGAGUCUCAUCGACGACAACAAACAGCCACACAAGGAUCGAAGUCGUGGCUUUUUAACAAGAUGAUUUACCAUGUGUGAGUCACGUGUGAGUCAUUGUCGUCAAUGCUAAAUAGCACCAGUGCUUGUGGUUUAUGGUUUUCAUGAUAUUGGAAGCAGAGUUCGGUUCUUAGCUGUGCUGGUGAACGUCCACAAGCUAAAAUGUAACUCGCACUUAAUCACCUUUUGAAUAUUUUACAUAGAAGGACCUGAUCUGUUUUAUACUGUAAAUGUGAUAUCCUUUUAUUUCCCUGUAUAACAUAUCUAAAAAUGUAUUUUUUAUUACAUUAUAAGAAUGAAGGCAUUUUAAAGAGUCACCUUUUAAAGACCCCAUGAAAGGGGAGUGAGAGUUAAAUUGAUAAGGUUCAGCUCUGGUUUGAAAGAAAAAUGUGGGCAGUGAGUUAUGCGAGUUAAACAGCGGGAGGGCUCGUGCUUCUGCUCAUUGUUAGAUUGUCAACAGCAGAAACUGAUUACAUGAAAUGUUGGCCGCCUGCAAAUAAAAAACAAAGGGGGCAGGAAGGUUUGUAGGUUUAAAGCCAGAUCUGUUUUAAUAUUCUAUUGCCGUAUUUCUCUCUGGGAUCAUUGUGCCUUCAAGUAAAUUGGUAGCCUGUUGUGGUUAGACUCAUUAAACUCCAUUUAAUUGGGUCUUUAAAAGUUAGAGCUACUCUGCUUUACGUCUUUUGUCUUACAUGUAAAGGUGAUGUUACAUUACAUGUUGUAGCGUGCAGAUUACUCGCUAUAUUACUGUUACAAUACCUUAAUAUGUUCUUAUGAAGGAUUUAUUAAAUCUCACUACGUUUGUUAUACAUUUAUAACCAUUAUAUAUUGUUGAUUUGGUACUUGGCUCACAAAAUAUGGAUGCAGCAAGAAUUAAGCAAAGAUUGAUUUUCAGUGAUUGUAUCGUCCCGUGAAGCGAUUUUAAGUCCGACUUCAUGCUCUAGUGCUGGUGCACUCGUAUCUAGUUUUUAAAUGAGCUGGUUACAGGAAUGAGGCUGGAGAUCUUGAAUUAUGUGUUUUUGCAUUUUUCCUCUAAUUAAGAUGCUUAUUAUUAUUGUGUGUUUGAUUUCUGACAACAAGCCAUUAAUAUCAGAGCUCCAUUCUUACAAAUGCCUUUGACCUUUCUUUGUGAUCAUUAUCAAUGAAGACUUUUUAAAAACAGUAUAUUUUUUGCUAUCCAUUUUUAUAAAAAGCAAACAAACUUGGGCUUUUCAUCUUUUGGCUUUAAUGCAUGAUGUUGUUGAUUAAUUUCUGUUUUUCUAUGUUUCAUAUUCGAUACAGUAUUGUUUUUGAAGUGUUCCUGAAGACACUUAUUGUAUGUAUUUUCUAUGAACAUUUUGUAUUUCAUGUUUAUAAUUUUAGUAGAUUUAUACGAUGUAAUAAAUUGGCUGAUAC